GCAAACUUGUCCCACCCAAAGCCUGUGAAAGCAUCCGUUGUUCUACGGGACUUUACCGGACACAUGGAGCAAAGCAAAGCCGCAGUGAAGUCAACGCUCUGAGAGGAGUCACGUUAGACCCGCAGAGGAGGGACCGGAGCAGAGACUCAGUUAGUUUGAGCGUUUUCUAAACGAUAGAAAAGACGACACCUUAAAGUGUUUUAAAAAGAAAGCAAAGGUCAACUCACUGUAGCAAGUUUCAGUGUCCACAUGCUUCAGCAUCAUUUCCCUGGAUUCCCUGAAGAGGAAUUUGACACACCAUUGUGAUAAAAGGGAUGAAUGAGGGUCGUUCUGCUCUCUUCAGGAGGUGCCACCUUGCCUUGUCCAAGGCAGACACCCUCACCUCUGCUCCUGCCAAAGCCGAGCUCUCUGUGGACGCGGGCGAUGGUGGGUCCGCUCAGCCGGAGAGCGACGCGGCGUUCCCCCUCUCUGAGCUCUCGCACUUGUUUGAGAGUGAGGAUGCCGCCCCGUCGACCCAGGACACGAGUCAGGACUCUGCCCUGGAGGUGGUUCAGCCCGGCCAGGUGGCGGACAGUCGACAGAACCUGCGGAUGAAGUUCCAGGGUGCUUUCAAGAAGGGCAUUUCCAAUCCCAUGGACCUACUGGAGUCCACCAUAUACGAGUCAAACGUAGUUCCAGGCCCCAAGAAAGCGCCCAUGGACUCACUCUUUGACUAUGGCACCUAUGGUCACAUGAGCAACCAGAAGAGACGCAGGAAGAAGCUUCCAAGAGGUAAAACGGCGACAUCCGGUGAAGACGAUCAAAGCUCAGAUCCGCCGAAGGUCGUGAAGACAUUCAACCGCUCUGUCCUCUUUGACUGUGUCUCGCGUGGAGACCCGGCGGCGCUCGACGGCCUGCUGGAGUACCUGCAGAGUCACGACAAGCGGCUGACUGACGAGGAGUUCAGAGAACCAUCCACGGGUAAGACGUGUCUGCCUAAAGCCCUGAUGAACCUUUACGGUGGUCGGAACGACACCAUCCCGCUGAUGGUUGACAUCGCGGAGAAGACUGGAAACCUCCGAGAGUUCCUGAAUUCACCAUUCAGGGAUCUCUACUACAGAGGCCAGACGGCGCUCCACAUCGCUAUAGAGCGACGCUGCAAACAGUACGUGGAGCUGCUGGUGGAGAAGGGAGCUGAUGUUCAUGCCCAGGCACGAGGACGCUUCUUCCAGCCUAAAGAUGAAGGAGGCUACUUCUACUUUGGUGAGCUGCCUCUCUCGCUGGCUGCAUGCACGAACCAGCCCGACAUAGUGCACUACCUGACCGAGAAUCCGCACAAGAAAGCUGACCUGCGGCGCCAGGACUCACGUGGAAACACAGUGUUGCACGCUCUGGUGCACAUCGCCGACAACACCAAGGACAACACGCGCUUCCUCACCAAGAUGUACGACGUGCUGCUCAUCAAGAGCGCAAAGCUCUACCCAGACUGCAGCCUGGAGACGGUGCUCAACAGUGACGGCAUGUCACCGCUCAUGAUGGCGGCCAAACUGGGAAAAAUAGGGGUUUUUCAGCACAUCAUCCGGCGUGAGAUCAAAGAUGAGGAGGUCCGUCACCUGUCACGGAAGUUUAAGGACUGGGCUUAUGGUCCAGUUUACUCAUCUCUCUAUGAUCUGUCUUCACUGGACACAUGUGGAGAGGAACCAUCAGUGCUGGAAAUCCUUGUCUACAACAGUCGAAAUGAGAACCGCCACGAGAUGCUGGCAGUGGAGCCCAUCAAUGAGCUGCUGCGUGCCAAGUGGCAGAAGUUUGCCGCUGUCACCUUUUACAUCAGUGUCGUUUCCUACCUCAUCACCAUGAUCAUCUUCACACUCGUGGCUUAUUACCACCCGACACACGGCACGCCUCCGUACCCCUACAUCUCCUCCUCUGAUUACCUGCGGAUGGCGGGCGAGAUCGUCACCUUGGCGUCAGGAAUCUUCUUUUUCCUCACCAACAUUAAAGACGUUUUCCUGAAGAAGUGUCCUGGGGUGAAGUCUUUAUUUAUUGAUGGAUCCUUUCAGCUGCUCUAUUUCAUCUACUCUGUACUGAUCGUAGUCACAGCUGCUCUCUACCUGUCGGGCAUUAAAGCCUACGUGUCAGUGAUGGUGUUUGCACUUGUGCUGGGCUGGAUGAACACACUUUACUUCACCAGAGGCCUAAAGCUCACUGGCACCUACAGUAUAAUGAUACAGAAGAUUCUUUUCAAAGACCUUUUCAGAUUCCUGCUGGUGUAUGUGCUCUUCAUGAUUGGAUAUGCAUCAGCUCUGGUGUCCCUGCUGAUAGAGUGUCCUCCACCAGGAACUGAGUGUGACGGGGACUGUCCUACCUACCCCAAGUGCAGGGAGCCGGACACUUUUAGCACCUUCCUGCUGGACCUUUUCAAACUCACCAUUGGGAUGGGAGAGCUGGAUAUGAUCCAUGGCGCACAGUAUCCUGCAGUCUUCCUCAUCCUGUUGGUGACUUAUAUUAUCCUGACAUUUGUGCUGCUGCUCAACAUGUUGAUCGCUCUGAUGGGGGAGACGGUGGGACAGGUGUCGAAGGAAAGCAAGAAGAUCUGGAAGCUUCAGGUGAUGUGGUGUUUAUGGAUGUCCAGACUUUUACUAAACUGCUCACUGCAGCUCAAUAAACUCCCCUCUGGGAAGGGCAACCUGAACAACUACAGCAGGAACAACUUCUAUUCCUGCUCCUCCACUGGUAGCAAUUCAUGUUAUAGUAUGUCGUCCAAAAUCGAGCCAAAAGUUCAUACUUGAGUGUGUCGUCCAAAAGGAACCAAAAAUUCAUAGUUUAAUAUGUCGUCCAAA